GGCCGACCCAACGAGAGCCUCGCCCUCUGCAUCAUCCUCAAGACAUCGCUAUCCGGCUCCCAACAAAGCAGGCGUGCGAUUUCACUGCGUUUGCGGGCCCUUCCUCGUCAUGAGCGUACAGUACCAGACCUUCACGCCCCCUCAUCUCUUGAACAACAACCGCCGCUCUCCCACCCGCAACCUCUUCGCCCCCACGCCCGCAAUGACAGGCCGCAAGCGGAAAGCCGAGGACGAUGGCAGCGCCGGAGACGACGACCGCAUGAGUGCAUCGCCAUCCACAUCGCCCGCCGUACUCCCACGACCUGCGCCGCGAGGCAUGAAGCGCAUGCGAACCAACAUCUCAGGCCGACCCCUCCCCCUGCCUCGCCUCCUCGAGACCCUGAGCCCCGACGAGAUGCGCAACCUCCUGCAGUCCAUCUGCCAGCGCCACCCUGACAUCGGCAACGAGGUUGUCACCACCGCGCCGCGGCCAAGCAUACAGUCAACAUUGGAGGUUCUGUCAAAGUACGAGGCGGCGUUUCAGGCUGCCUUCCCCUUUGGCGGCCGUGCGUCGUCCGACUACGCAUACAACCGGGUGCGGCAACAGCUUGACGAAUUGCUCGACUCGCUCAAAGACUUCACACCUCACUUCCUUCCACCCCACGAACAUCAACCCGCUACAUCACUCGCCUUCCUUGACGGCGCCACUGAGAUCAUCCAUCGCUUACCCAACUGGGACACCUAUCAACACAACCGACACAAGCAGGAGGCAUACGAGGAAAUGGCAAAAGCGUGGGCGAUAGUCAUCCAGGAGGCAGCGAAGAAGGCGGGCGGCAUACAGCUCCAAUAUGGCGGAUGGGACCAGAAGAUUGCGAAGCACAAUGAGAUUUCGGGCGGAAAGAUGCAGGAAGCAGUCAACGAGCUACGUGGAGGUCUCGGCUGGAUGGGCACAGAGACGCCCAACCCUGCUGCAGGCGGGUCCAACGAUGCCAUGUCCAUUCGCCAACAGUUGUUGAGUGGAAACUAUGGGACCGGCUCUCCCGCAAGCAUAGGUGCAUGGUAGAUCGACAACUACCAGGCACUAGCUGUGCCGACAGCGAAGUGAACCCAGGCUUCUCUCCCUGAACACAUGGCUGCUUCUCUGGCAUCUAGCAACGCCUUACCCGACCAU